GGUGGGCGUGUACCUGGGCGAGUAAAGUCAGUUCAAACUGUUAGUGGUUCAGUCUUCACGCUCCUCACGCGUCUAGUUCACCCGCGUCCGUGAAAUUCAGCAGCGCGAGUGCGGACGCGAUACAUCAUCAGCGCACCUUAACGCAGGUGACAGGACACCCGGAAGAACACGCGCAUCGACUAUCACACGAGUCACUUGAGUUUCAAUCAACCCCAGAAGAGCCGAGCAGAUAACAGUCAUGUCAGAGCUCAAGAAGAACAAGUUGUUUAUGGUGCUGAUGGAUGUCGUGUGUGUGCUCGUGGUGGCGAUGCCGUUCAUCAUAAUGACCAUCAUGUUCCGGCCGUACCAGCGUGGCAUUUACUGCAAUGACGAGACCAUCCAUUACCCCUACAGACCAGACACCAUCUCUCACAAAAUGAUGGCGGCUGUUACCAUUUCCUGCUCCAUCAUUAUCAUCACUUCCGGAGAGGCUUACCUGGUCUACACCAAACGUCUCUACUCCAAUUCGAACUUUAACCAGUACGCUGCGGCGCUCUAUAAAGUGGUGGGGACGUUUCUGUUUGGCGCGUGUGUGAGCCAGUCUCUGACCGAUAUGACCAAGUACACCAUCGGACGAUUGCGGCCCAACUUCAUGGCGGUGUGUGCUCCGGAAGUGUGUGAGGGCUACAUGCUGGAGAUGAACUGCACGGGAAACCCUCGCAACGUGACCGAAUCCAGGCUGUCGUUCUACUCCGGUCACUCCUCCUUCGGGAUGUACUGCAUGUUGUUUCUGGCGCUGUAUGUCCAGGCACGUAUGGCAUUCAAGUGGGCCCGCCUCCUCCGGCCCACAAUUCAGUUCUUCCUGGUGGCCUUUGCCAUUUAUGUGGGUUACACACGUGUGUCUGACUACAAGCACCACUGGAGCGACGUGGUGGUGGGUCUCCUGCAAGGGGCGCUGAUCGCAGUCCUCACGUGUUCUACAAAUCUGCAAGCUGCAUUAGGACUUUCUCCUCUCCGUCACAGGUGCGAUACGUCUCUGACUUCUUUAAAGAGCGCCCCCCUCGCUGCCAGGAUGUUGAAAAUGCUGAAAACGAAGACAGCGAACGCAAGCCCAGCCUUCAGAUCGCAGACACGGACAGAAACCAUCACUCCUACAGCAGGCCUGUAUGAGCCUGACCUUUGACCUGUGAGAGCACUGGAUGCUGCACCAUGUCUCGUACAGACAGCCACACACACUGUUCUCUGGCACUGACUGCGCUCUCUUCCACAGGAUAAUGCUCCCAUUUCACACAGAGAGCGAGCGAGUGAAUGCAUGAACUAACACUGAAUAUUAGAUUUUAAACUUCUCUACAGACCGUGUUUAUACCGGAUUUUGUCUUAUGCACGCUCAUAUACGCCAAGUGCACAGAUCGCCUGACAUCUAAUUGAACCGUUAGGGACUUUAUUGUAUCAGAGCACAAAGACGAACUUCUCCAAGGGGAACUGGUUGUUUCCAUGACAACCUCAAAACCACCGGUUGACAUUUACUGACUAGCCGUACUUCUGCUGUUGGAAGCGAUUGUUUCGGCAUGGGAAAGAAAGUGAACUUUUCCUAGCCAUCAGAAGACAAGAAUUAAUGUUUCGCUUAGUAAGAAAUCCAGGAAGAGAAGUCUGAACAUGGAACAGAUGCCAAAAAAGGUCUUUCUCACAUUGUCAAUUAGAUAUUUUAUACAAUUUGAUAUGUGUGUUAUAUAUAUUAUAUAUAACUGGAUUAUAGUGACUUUAUUAUUAUUUUUAUAUAUAAAGAAAGGUUAUUUUCCUGUGGCGGUAGGUUUAGGGACUUUUCUAAACGUAACAUUUUGGUGAACUAGUUAUUAUAUCCGCACACAUCUAGAAGAAAUUCUGCAUAGCAUGAAUCAUUUUUAUAUUACUUUUUUAUGUUUAAUUUUCUAAAGACUACCAUGACAACUCGUGAUUUCAAUCUAGCUUUGUCGCGUCGCUCGCUCUCAUAACGAUACGAUUUUAUGAAAACCACUAUCUAACCGAGGCACAUAUAUAUAUCGGUAUAUUUCAUGGAAAUGAGUCUUACUAACCAUCCUAUCCAACAAUAAGGAUCAGGAAAUGUUAACUAUCAGAUUUAAUACGUUUAACAGCUGUUUAUCUCUUAAUAUUAUCACCACGUGAACGUGAAAAUGCUGCUUGUAAUGUUAAAAUCACAGCCAAUCAUAAAGCUGUAUGCUGAUUCUGAACCAAUGAGGAUUCACUAAGGGGCGGAGCUACCCAACAUGACAAGAAACUGACGCUUGUAGAUUAAAACGAACUUGCAAAAUGUUGUACCUACAUUAUCGGGCUGAAUGUUUCCACAGCAUUAUGAUUGUUUAGUUUUAUAUGCAUGUUUACAGUGAAAAACGACUGGCGGAUUCAAGAAUCAGGCUAGUUUUAUUUUCUUCAUGUCAAGCCUUUGCGUAUGACGAAAUGACGUUUUAAACGUAAGGUGUGUUUAAACAUUGGUCCAUUACAAUAUUAGCGUUCAGGAUUUUGUCUCCAUUUACACUUAUCCUUAACUCUGAUUUUCCUCAUUUUAUCGAAUUCUAAUUUAUGUUCAUUCGGAGCUCGAACCGAAUCUCAGCAUCGAGUGCCUCCUUCCAGGAAAAUCCAAUUGAUCACCAAGUCGUUAAAGUCCCCAUGAAAUCAAAAUUAAAGUUUUUUGGGUGUUAGUAUCAAUAUGUUAA